ACUUCUAGUCUCUAAAUGAAACGAUAUAAAUAGUCUCAGGUAUAAGCAGCUCAUUCGCUGCCUGUGGAGGCUUGUGCUGCAUUGAGAGCUGUAGACAAGCCUACCUGAUCUUUUCUCAGCCAACUCUUGUUCAGCAGAGCUCUAAAACUAGUUGUUUGAAGCAUUGGAGAAUUUGGGGAUUUUGGUUUCCAGUUAAAAUUAACACUUCAACUACAUUUAACUUGUUAACACCAUUACAGAGAGCUAAAUUCCGAGCGAUCCUGGUUUGGCGGUGAGGCAGUUAUGGCUUGUGUCAAUGUUCUAUCUGAUAAAUGCCAGUGUGAUUCUGGGAAGAGACAGAAUGCAAUCUUGUACACCAUCCUGAGCCAACGUGGAGACUGCAAGUUCUCACAUCACAACUGCUUCUGUGAAGUCAGGCAGACGGUUUGCUUGAAGACUCCCCAUGUUACCUGUCAGGCGGUAUCCGAUGUGUUGGCAAAGACAGUCGCUUUUAUGAGGAACCUCCCGUCAUUCCAUCAUCUUCCCAGAUCAGACCAGCUGCUGCUGCUGGAGAGCUGCUGGCUCUCCUUGUUUCUGUUAGGACUGGCUCAAGACAGAGUGAGCUUUGAGGUGAUAGAGACCCCAGGUCACAGCAUGCUGAAGAGAAUCUUGCUGAAUGGACCAAACCUGCUCAGGACAAAGGAAGAAGGGAGUUGGCAGCCAACGCUGGCUGGUGUACACAGAAUAAAAAUGUGUCUGAACAAAUUCCAGGGCCUGGAUCUUAGUCCUAAGGAGUAUGCGUACCUGAAAGGAGCUAUCCUUUUCAACCCUGACCUGCUUGGACUCCGAGCUGCUGGCUACAUUGAGAGCCUUCAGCGGGAAGCGCAGCGCGCACUGUAUGAGAUCGUGGUGUCGGCCAAGGGCAGUAGCCGCUUCGCCUGUAUUUUACUCGCCGUGUCCGCCCUGAAAACUGUCAGCACCGGACUCAUCAUCGAGCUGUUCUUCAGGCCAGUGAUUGGGCCAGCAACUAUGAAGGAACUACUGUUUGAAAUGUUAUAUUCCCAGUGAGGAAAUGGGUCCAUAGGGUCUGACUGCACCUCACCUCAGCCACUCACUCACUUAGCGCCCAGCCACAUCACUUGCCAUUCGCUGGUUAUCCACACCAGGCUCCUCUUUCUCUAUACUGUUUUGUAUUAAUUUAGUUUUAUCCUGAAUAAAAUUGGUUUGCUUAUUUUGGAA